AUGUCCACCGGCUCGGUGAGCGACUCCGAGGAGAUGGAGCUGCGGGGGCUGCAGCGGGGGUACACGAUCCCCGCCCCCAAGCGGCCGCCCCUCCGCGGCGCCGAGUGCAGCUGCGCCUCGCCCAGUGACAACUCGUCGGCAGAGGAGGAGGACCCCGACGGCGAGGAGGAGCGGUGCGCGCUGGGUGCAGCCGGCGGCGGCGGCGGCUGCAAGAGGAAGCGGCCUCGUGUGGCUGGGGGCGGCGGCGCAGGUGGCGGCGCAGGCGGCGGUGGCAAGAAGCCCCUCCCGUCCAAGGGCUCGGCCGCCGAGUGCAAGCAGUUGCAGCGGAACGCGGCCAACGCCCGCGAGCGCGCCCGGAUGCGCGUGCUCAGCAAAGCCUUCUCCCGCCUCAAGACCAGCCUGCCCUGGGUGCCCCCCGACACCAAGCUCUCCAAGCUGGACACGCUGCGGCUGGCUUCCAGUUACAUUGCGCACCUGCGGCAGCUGCUGCAGGAGGACCGCUACGAGAACGGCUACGUGCACCCGGUGAACCUGACGUGGCCAUUCGUGGUCUCGGGACGACCCGACUCUGACACCAAAGAAGUUUCCGCAGCCAACAGACUAUGUGGAACCACCGCUUAGAUCGGACUGGAACUCACUUAAUGGAAUUAUUUGUUAUCGUGUCUGGGGGCUACAGAGAGAAGAGAGAGCGCAACCAGAACCCCAGAGGGUGGGCAGAAGGUUCUACUGGAUUCUCCUUGAGCCUCCCCCUUUCCCUGGAACUGUGAACACGACAGGUGGCAGGCGUGGCUGUCAUCGCAAAGCGCCAAUGGCUGCAGCCGCGGCGGAUGUAUGCGACGCUUCGCCUCCCCCGAAAGAGCCUCCUUUCGUGUCUUGUGUGGAGAGCAGGGACGCAGAUCCAACCUCGGGCUUCGGCUCUGUAGACUAAUCCCCUCGCCGCUGCAGUCUGCGCCCAAACCGCCUAGGGCUUAGUUUCCAAGCUGUGCCACAUUUCUCAUACAUGUGGUGGCACGAUUCUGCACGGCCCAGGCCUGGCACGGUUAGACAGUGGUUAGAGCACGCUCUCGAUCCGCCUUAAACACAGAAGUCUCCACGUGAGACCCACGUCGGGGACUGUUUUUAAGUUGCAAAGCGAGCAGAGUGGCACAUCUGGACCAGGGUCGUAUCUCACCGGGCAGCGCCCUCCUCGCGGGCGGGACGAUGCCUGCUGCGCCCUGGGAAAGGUGGACACGUGCUCGGAGACCACCAAGCGGGUUUGGCCAGAUGCGCUAGGGGCGGGUCGCCCUCCCUGCUGCAGUCUUGCCUCUCACUCCCGCCAGGCUCGGGGCUCCUUCCCAAGCUCCCGUCUC